UCGACAGGAUCGAGAUUUGUAUCGAUCCCGGCGCCCCCUCCUAAUGAUGCUGUGGCUCCUGACACGCACGCUGCACAGCAACAAUAAUAUUUGGAGUAUUUCACAAAGUGGCUGCGGUGUGCAGGAAGGAUGAAGACUUGGAGCUGAUCGCUGGUCCACGCAUAGUGACAGUGGAUUGGAGGGGAAAAAAUAUGGAAAAAGAACAAGAAGCCGAUUGGAAAGUGUAGUUUUUUUUCUUCUUCUCAACUGUAAACACAUACGUGACUUUCAAGAAGAUGGCUCAACUUGUUAGUGCUCUCCUCCUGUGCAUGGAAGUGUUACUCUAUGUGGCACUGACGCAUUGCAUGGAAGCUGACUUCUGCCAACCUAAUCGUGUUGAUGUCCCCACGCAUGUAAAUCAAGCGAUUUAUAGGAUUCACGCCUUCAAACAGGAGUUCUACCUCCACCUCCAACAGGAUUCUAGCUUUCUCAGAAUGGAAGCCGACGCACCUGCAGAUCUCCAAGGAUGUUUCUACUCCGGGGAUGUCAACUCCCAGUCGGACUCCUUCGCGGCGCUGAGUCUGUGCAAAGGUCUCCAAGGGAGCUUUUAUGUGAACGGUAUGGAGUAUUUCAUCAGCCUCGCUAAAGCACCCCGGGAUGGAGACGCUCCAAACGGGACGCACCUCAUCCGCCGCCGGAGUAGCUCCAUGCCCUCCAGCAGGUGUGGAGUAGCACCGGACUCCAACUUUAACACAUCCCUGGAGAAAUACAAGUACAUGACCGACCUGAAGGCUGCGCAAUCUUCAUUGGAAAGCCUGGGGAGGUCCAAAAGAUUCGCCUCCGUGCCCAGAUUUGUGGAAGCGCUGGUGGUGGCGGAUGCAUCCAUGGAUUCAUUUCACGGAGAUGAUCUGAAGCAUUACCUGCUGACGCUCAUGUCAGUGGCAGCCAAGCUUUACAAGCACCCCAGCAUCUUAAACUCCAUCAACAUCGUGGUUGUGGGCUUUAUGGUGCUCAGGGAGGAUGACAAGGGGCCCAAGGUUUCCAGUAAUGCAGCCCUGACUCUGCGCAAUUUCUGCUCCUGGCAGAAAAAGUUAAAUAAGUAUAACGACAAGCAUCCGGAGUACUGGGAUACUGCUAUUCUCUUUACCAAACAGAACCUUUGCGGGGCCACAACCUGCGACACCCUGGGGAUGGCUGAUGUUGGAACCAUGUGUGACCCAAAGAGGAGCUGCUCAGUCAUUGAAGAUGAUGGCCUGCCUUCGGCCUUUACAACAGCCCAUGAACUUGGUCACGUCUUCAACAUGCCCCAUGACAACGUGAAAGCAUGCGAGGAGGUCUUUGGGAAACUAAAGGACAACCACAUGAUGUCUCCAACUCUAAUUCAAGUGGACAGGAGUCGUCCCUGGUCUGUGUGCAGCGCAGCAAUCAUUACUGAGUUUCUGGAUCGAGGUCAUGGAGACUGUCUGCUGGAUCAUCCCCAGAGGCAGUUGUCUCUUCCAGACAACCUUCCCGGCUCCAGUUACAGUCUUCAUCAACAGUGUGAGCUGGCAUUCGGGGAUGGUUCCAAGCCUUGCCCGUACAUGCAGCCGUGCUCCAAACUGUGGUGCACGGGGAAGGCACGUGGACAGCUAGUGUGUCAAACCAGACACUUUCCCUGGGCAGAUGGUACAGGCUGUGGUACGGGCAGAGUGUGCUACCAAGGGGCUUGUACUGAGAAGAACAUGACCAUGCACAUCAAGGUGGACGGUAGAUGGGGAAAGUGGGGUGCAUUUGAAGAUUGUUCGAGAACCUGCGGUGGAGGUGUCCAGCUGGCCAGGAGAGAAUGUAACAAUCCAGUCCCUGAGAAUGGAGGCAAAUACUGUUAUGGCCUUCGAAUUAAAUAUCGUUCCUGCAACCUGAGUCCUUGUCUUGAUACAGGUAAGAGUUUCCGUGAAGAGCAGUGUGAGGCGUUCAAUGGCAUUAACCUAAACACAAACAGACUGGGAUCCUCUGUGGUCUGGGUUCCCAAAUAUUCUGGCAUCUCCCCCAAGGAUAAAUGCAAGCUCAUCUGCCGUGCCAAUGGGACUGGUUACUUCUAUGUUCUUGCUCCAAAGGUUGUCGACGGGACGCCCUGUUCUCCGGACUCCAGCGCUGUUUGCGUUCAGGGGAGAUGUAUCAAAGCAGGCUGCGAUGGGAAGCUUGACUCCAAGAAAAAGUUUGACAAAUGUGGUAUGUGUGGCGGUGACAACCAGGGCUGCGGGAAGGUCUCUGGAAUGUUCACAAAACCCAUUCAUGGCUACAACUUUGUGGUGUUGCUUCCUGUUGGCGCCUCCAACGUUGACAUCCGCCAACGGGGCUACCGAGGAAUUGUCAGUGACGAAAACUACCUCGCGGUGAAGAACAGGCAUGGGAAGUACCUGCUGAAUGGAAACUACGUGGUGUCAGCAGUAGAGCGUGACUUGCUGGUGAAGGGGAGCCUGUUGCGUUACAGCGGCACCUCAACAUCUGUCGAGAUCCUCCAGGCCACCAGGCCGCUACAAGAGGCGCUGACCGUGGAGGUGCUCUCAGUGGGAAAGAUGACCCCUCCCAGGGUGCGCUAUUCCUAUUACAUUGCCAAGGAGACUAAGGAGGAAAAGACUCUGCGGAAAGAGGAGAGGAGCCACGCCGCACACAACAGCGUUUUAUCAGAUAACAACAAAGUGGAAGCCAAGAAAAAGCUUAUGGGGAAAAGACCGGUGGAUCACUGGGUGACAGGAAGCUGGGAUGCGUGCACAGUGACCUGCGGUCGGGGUCUACAGAAACGUCUGGUGCAGUGUCAGAGUGUGGAUGGGCAUCCUGCAGCAGGUUGCGACAGUGCUGGCAGGCCCGUUGCUAUGAGAGCAUGUGGAGAUCCUUGUCCCAUGUGGGACGUCGGGGCUUGGUCUCACUGUUCCAAGUCCUGUGGAAGGGGCUUUAAGAGACGGCCGGUACGCUGCACGACAGAGAACGGUCUCAGUCUGCCCAGAGAUCACUGCUCUGGGAGAAAGAAGCCUCAGGAACUGGAUCUUUGCAAUCUGAGGCCAUGCUAAGGCGGAUUGAAAUGACUUUGGACAUCAAUGGUUUUUGUUGCUGCGUCCGACAGGGUGUGGGAUCAACUGUCUAACCAGCUUAGGCAAGUUGGACUUUAGUGAGUCUACCUCUUCCUGGACGUGUGAAAUACGCCUGUGUGUCCACAAAAGUGGAAAGGGAGCAGAAAAUCCUGUGUUGUUACCAGUAGCAAACUUUACCUGUGAUGUUUUUCUCAUUUUACAGAGGAACCGACGUUAAUGUGAAACACAGUACUGUAUUGGAAAUAUCUUACUGGAAUAUAUUUUAUUGUAAAAUCGUCUUUGGCGUGAUUUUAAACAGAAGUUCAGUCACAAUAUGAUGAUAACAAAACAGCCGAUCCGAGGACUUGCUUUCCUGGACCACUAGCGAACGGUGAAAAAAAAUGUCUGAUUUCAGACCUGUCAACCUUGAAGAACUCCAAUAACUCAUGUGCUCACUCUUUUUUCAUAUAAUUUGCUGCUGUAAUACACAUUUCACAUCCAGUAAUAAGGCACUACAUUAUUUGUAGCUUAUCUGAAAGCAUGUCUAUGAAAAGUAGAACCACACGAUGCCACUUUGCAGUGUCAUUUAGUAAAUUAUCAUAUUCACAAAUACUGAGCUUGUGAUAAUUGCAAGAAAAAAGUCCAAACCUUUUCCACUGAGGUUAUAGGGUGAGUAGAGGUGAAAGGGUAAAGGUAACCCAAGGUGUGGUCUGGUCUUGGUAUUUGGGUUUUUUUCCAUUCAUUCAUUCAUUCAUUCAUUUUCUACCGCUUAUCCUCACAAGGGUCGCGGGGGGUGCUUGAGCCUAUCCCAGUUGUCUUCGGGCGAGAGGCGGGGUACACCCUGGACUGGUCGCCAGCCAAUCACAGGGCACAUAUAGACAAACAACCAUUCACACUCACAUUCAUACCUAUGGACAAUUUGGAGUCACCAAUUAACCUAGCAUGUUUUUGCAAUGUGGGAGGAAACCCACACAGCAUAGCCGAGAUAGCCGAGAGUGGAAUUGAACUCGGGUCUCCUAGCUGUGAAGCCUGCGUGCUAACCAUUCUCCCGCUGUGACAUUUUUUCUUCUCCCCAAAUCAUUAGCAAUAAAUUAUUUUAAAAAUGAUGCAUGAAAAUGAAACUGCUAUCUACUGGUAGAUUAUUCUCUAAUAAAGAGAUCUCAAAUUAAAAAAAUCAAUUCCUGAUGUCCAGCAUAAAUAGCCGCAUCAUGCAGGAUCCUUUUUCAAAAGUGUUCAAAAACAGGUGCACCGCACCUUGUGGUCAGGGCUUUAAGACCAACGACAAGCAGGAUAUGUAAAUGCAAUACAAAACAAUGUAUAGCAACAAAAUACAGCGUUACUUGGUUUUCAAAUCUUCACUGUUUCUCCUGCAUAUCAUUCUGUGGAGUUGCACUAUUACUACCCACUACACUACUGAAUUGAAGAAAGAACCCAAAGUAUGGAGGUACCUCUCAUGAUCAUUAUCUUCCAAUCAUUUCAUUUCAAACAUUUUGCAU